AUGAGCAUUUCUUCGUUUAAAAUCAAAGUUCCAGCAUCAUCGGCUAAUAUAGGGCCAGGUUUUGAUGUUUUAGGUAUAGGUUUAGAACUUUAUUUAACCAUUACUGUCACUAUUGAUCCUAAUAUUGAUACUUCAUCUGAUCCUCAUCAUGCCUUAUUAAGUUAUGAAGGAGAUGGGAAAGUUCCUUUUGAAUCUAAUGAAAAUUUAAUUACUCAAACAGCAUUAUAUGUUAUGAGAUGUAAUGGUAUUAAAGAUUUCCCUCGAGGAACUCAUAUUCACGUUAAUAAUCCAAUUCCAUUAGGUCGAGGAUUAGGAUCACUGGCAAGUGCUAUUGUUGCUGGAGUAUAUUUAGGUAAUGAAAUUGGGAAUUUAAAAUUAGACAAAUAUCGAUUAUUGGAUUAUUGUCUUAUGAUUGAAAGACAUCCAGAUAAUAUUGCUGCUGCUAUGCUUGGAGGAUUUAUUGGAUCUUAUCUUAAUGAAUUAUCAUCAAAAGAUUCACAGUUAACCACCGUCCCAUUAGAAUAUAUUUUACCAAAAAUUAACCAGGGACAAAUUAUUACUCCACAAGAUAAAAUUAUUUGUCAACCACCACCAGUUAAUAUUGGUCAAUAUGUUAGAUAUAAUUGGAAUAAAAAAAUUAAAUGUCUUACUAUAAUCCCUAAUUUUGAAUUAUCAACUGAUCUUUCUCGUUCAGUAUUACCAAAGAAUUAUCAAUUACAAGAUAUUGUUUAUAAUUUACAAAGAAUUGCCAUUUUAACAACAGCUUUAACUCAAGAUCCUCCAAGUCAUAAAUUGAUUUAUCAAUCUAUGAAAGAUAAAUUACAUCAACCUUAUAGAUUUGGAUUAAUCCCUGGAUUGAAUAAUGUUUUAAUGAAAAUAACUCCAGAAAAUUAUCCUGGAUUAUGUGGGAUUUGUUUAUCAGGUGCUGGUCCAACUAUUUUAUGUCUUGCUACUGAUGGAUUUGAAAAAAUUGCUAAUGAUGUCAUUGAAAUAUUUAAACAAGAAGGUAUUGAAUGUAAUUCAAAAUUAUUAGAUUUAGCUUAUGAUGGUGCAACAGUUGAAUAUAGAAGUUAA